CCGUGUUCUUCUUUGAUAAUUCAUUUAAACAAGCUUUGAAAAAUGGGCUGUGCAUAUUAUUCAAAACCCCGAUACAUCUUUUAUUUGGAGGAUCUUUUUUUUUUUUAAUAAUAGAACCUCCUUUAUCUGAUUUCCCUCCCAUAAUACGACUCUCUCUCUCUUUUAUUUUUUGUAUAUAAUUAAGAACUAUAACCAUAGAUGAAGUUUUCUCAUCAAAUUCAGUUCAAUGCGGUACCGGAUUGGGCGGAUUAUUAUCUCCCAUAUUCCAACUUGAAAAAGUUAAUUUACCUGAUUGAAAAAGAAAGAGUCUCCCAGAAAGGACAUGGUCUUUCUAUUGAUCUUGAAGAUGGCGGAGAGGUUCCUAGUGAACAAACGGCUCUCAUUAGUGACAAUCCUGUUGAAGCAGAGAAUCACCAAUUUGUCAAUGCGUUGAAUAAGUCGCUUGAUAAAAUCGUGAAAUUUUAUGCUAAAAAAGAAACUGAACUCUAUGAUGAGAUGGAUGAAUUGGUAGGUGAUUUUGAAUACCUCAAUCGACAUGACACAGCUAUUUCUGCUCAAUUACGCCGUCUUAGUUUUGUUGGAGGUGAUGACGACGCUCAAGAGGCUCAUGUUCGAAGUAACACCAACCAAUUACCAAGACGUGAGUCAAACGUGGAAGGCGAUUCGUUCUUGCCUCCCAACAUCAUUUCUAAAAAUGUCACGGAUACAGAUCCUAUUGAUCAUCGUACCUCCGCCGCAACUCAUAUUCCACCACCCAAUUCUGCCAGAGGUCCCAUGUGGCCCAGAGAGGCCAUGUAUGACGUCGUAGAAUUAAGAAAAAGAACAAUUGACCUUUUUGUGCUGUUAUCUGAAUUGAAAUCAUUUGUCGCAUUGAACCUGACCGCCUUUGCCAAAAUAUUGAAGAAAUAUGAUAAGAUCACCAACAACAAUCUAAAGCGUUACUACACUUCUACCUAUGUCUCCAAGGCCUAUCCUUUCAAGACCGUUACAAAAGCAAGAUUGAAUGAAAGGAUUCAACAAACCGAAAGAGCCUAUGCUAUCUUGGCUACUGGUAAUGAUCUAGAUUUAGCUAUCGAGGAAUUGAAAACACAUUUAAGAGAACAUAUCGUUUGGGAGAGAAAUACCGUUUGGAGAGACAUGAUAGGUCAAGAAAGAAGGACCCAGACUGUUGGCCUAAGUGAUGUUAAACCUUCUUCUGUACACACUCCUUUUGGUACGUUAAGAAUCACUCGUGAUCAGGUAAUGAACUACCUUUAUAUGGCGGCUUGUAUCGCCGUCUUUGUCAUCUUGAUGAAGUCCGAAAUGUUUAACACGGUGGAACAAAACCGUUGUUUGGCUAUUCUUGUAUUUGCUAGUAUGUUAUGGGCUGGUGAGGUUAUGCCUUUGUUUGUAACGGCUCUCCUUGUUCCAUUUAUGAUCAUCACUUUGCGUGUGAUGCGCUCUGAUGAUGACCAACAUACACGUCUGACUGCCCCUGAUGCUACCAAAAAAGUGUUUAGUGCCAUGUUUUCUCCUGUCAUUAUGUUGCUUUUAGGUGGUUUCUCGAUUGCUGGUGCCCUUAGCAAAUUCGGUAUUGCCAAAUCCAUGGCAACUUUUGUGUUGUCAAAAGCAGGUACUCGUCCCAAUCGUGUCUUAUUGGUCAAUAUGAUGGUAGCUACAUUUGCUAGUAUGUGGAUUAGUAAUGUUGCUGCUCCUGUUCUUUGCUUUUCGCUUAUACAGCCUAUUCUUCGUACUUUACCAGUUGACUCGAAAUUUGGCCCGUGCUUAAUUAUCGGUAUCGCAUUGGCUUCCAAUUUAGGGGGUAUGGCUUCGCCCAUUUCAUCACCUCAAAACAUCAUUGCUAUUCAAAACAUGAGUCCUGCUCCUUCUUGGGGUGAAUGGUUCAUCAUUUCUAUUCCUCUUUGUAUCAUCGGCAAUUUUAUUAUUUGGCUUUGGCUUCUUUGGAAUUACAACCCUGAAAAGCAAACACCUCAAAUUCAUACUAUUCGUGCUAAUUCGGAUCCUAUCAACGGUACCCAAAUUUAUGUUAUCUUGGUUACGUUACUUACAAUUGCUCUUUGGUGUUUGGCUCAUUCUUAUGAAGCUAUUUUUGGUGACAUGGGUGUGAUUGCCAUCAUACCUUUGCUCGCAUUCUUCGGUACAGGUCUUUUAACCAAGGAUGACUUUAACAACUUUUUAUGGAACGUCAUUGUAUUAGCCAUGGGUGGUAUUGCUCUUGGUAAAGCAGUUGAAAGCUCUGGUCUCUUAAAGACCAUUGCAUCUCAAAUCGAGGUCAUGGUGGAAGGCUUAUCCGCUUUUGAAGUCUUGUUUGUUUUCAGUUGUUUAGUACUUGUGAUUGCUACUUUUAUCAGUCAUACCGUGGCUGCACUUAUCGUCUUGCCUAUUGUUGCCGAAGUGGGAGCACAAUUAGCAGACCCUCAACCAAGAAUGCUUGUUAUGGGUACUGCCUUUGUUUGUUCUGCUGCCAUGGGUCUCCCUGUGUCAGGUUUCCCCAACAUGAAUGCAAUCUCACAAGAGGACGAGCUUGGCAAAUCUUACUUGACUACCAAGGAUUUCCUUCUUAAUGGUGUUCCUUCAAGUGUUUUUGCUACAUUGUGUAUUACAACAAUUGGUUAUGGCUUAAUGGUUUUGAUUGGAUUUUAAUGAUCUUGUAUAUUCUUUGUUAUUAUUUUGGGGGGAAGUCGUUCUCCUUUAACAUUCAUUAAAUAGAAUAUUUUGUUGAAUGUAAUAUAAUAGAUCAUGCUUAUUUUAAUUGUCACAAUG